AUCGUGUAUCACUACACGUCUGUUGGUGAAACAAAUUUCUAAUUAAUAUUUCCUCUUUAGCUACCUAUAAGUAGCGUGUCGAUAAUACUGUAGUCCAUCGAGGAUGGCGCCCAAGCCGAAGCAGCUGACGGCACCCUUGAGGCCAAUCCUUGUAGCUGGAUUGGCAAUUUUACUUCCCAUAUGCUUUUCAGCCUUCGUGAUAGGCAUUUUUGGGAUGCGAAUUCUCUUGGAUGAAGAUGGCUCCAGCAGUCUCAGCCGAAGCGUCUUCGGACAAUACUACAAGCGGCUCAUCGCCAUCAACCCGUUCUUUUCUGCUUUAAUUUUCAAUGGCGGCAUGAUCGGCUCCAUGUUCUGCGUUACGAAGCUUGUCGAGCACGGAUACGCCGCGAAGUCGCAACCCUCUAUGACCACUUUGCUGCAGCGGAUUAAGCAAGAAGGGCAAGCAGGGGCGGCGGCAGCACCUGCAGCGGCCGCUGCUGCUGCUGCCGCUGCUGCUGGAGGUGCUGGAGGCGUUGAUUUUGGUGGGUCGCAUGCAGUCCCCCGAGGGCCCACUGAUUGA